AUUAAAGAACAUUGACUCACCUGUCACACGAAAAUGACCACACCAACCACCACGACACCGCACGUGCGAAGAAGCUCUCCACGUCGCAGUCGUGAUUGGGACGCGCCGACACCAUCGCGGCCUUCGAGAGCUCAAUGGCGCGAUCGUUAUUUGAGGCUGAUCUCGGGGGCAGUUAUGACUGAGGGACAAAACUUGUGCCGCACGCCUUUUGCGAUGGCGCCGCGUACUCGGCGAUCAAUUUGCGCCUUCCGCCGGAUGAGUUAACGUGGCCGAGAUAAGAACGGAGCGAGGGUAAAAUGGUCAACACUGACGCGAUAAAUAUGGCAGACGAGGCUUGCAGUGGUCAAGAGUUAUAUAACCGCCCCUCCCUUCUCUCCUCCCUUUCCCCAAAUCCAUUUCGAUCGAUCUGUGCCUUUUCCAUUUCUGAGGUGAUUUGGACUCGUUGGGAUGGCGAUUUCGGAUGCGGGGGGCGAGUCGGCGGCAGCUAAGGAGGGCGGAGGGGAGAGGAAGCGGAAGCGCCGGGCGGAGCGGUCGUUGUUGGGCAAGUGGAAGACGGAGGGCGAGCGAAAGAGUUACUCCUCCAAGCUCAUCGAGGCACUCCGCGUCGUUCGACGAUCCUCCUGCCCGGCACCGGCAGCGGUGUCCACGGAUUGCUCCCGGAGCCGGGCCGUCCGGGUGGCAGCGGACCGGGCGCUGGCGGUCACGGCGCGCGGCCGGUCGCGGUGGAGCCGGGCGAUCCUCUGCCGCCGGACUCUCAAGCUCAGGACCCGGGUCGCCCGGCCGAAGCCCUCCGCGGCCGCCGCCGGUCCCCGGGCGGCGGAUAGGAGGAAGCCGCCGGCUCUGGAGCAGAAGGCGAGGGUUCUGGGCCGGCUCGUCCCCGGCUGCCGGAAGCUGCCCUUGGCGACGCUCCUGGAGGAAGCGACGGACUACAUCGCGGCGCUGGAGAUGCAGGUGCGGGCCAUGACUGCCGUCGCCGAGAUCCUCUCGGCCGCAGCCGCCGGCGGCCGGUCGUCGUCGGUGGCGGCAGAGCCGAUGUGAUCCAAGGCAGUUGCGAUCCCCUAGGCGUCUUCCUCCUCUUUCUCCUCCCUCUAUUUUUGUUGCCGGCAUCGGCUGAUGCGAUCGCUUGAGAUCGCCUUCUUUUUCUUCUUCGAAUUGUGAUGUAAUUUAUUGUACAUUUUUGUGGUCUCCUUCUAUUUUAUCUUCCAACUAUUUCUCCC